AUGCAGCGAGAUGCAGGAGAAGCAAAGAAACCGAAGUUUUCUACGAACUGGCACACGAGCUGCCGCUUAUGUGCUGACAAUGAGAAUGAACUAGAGGCAGACCAGCAGAUGGACAACUUGUACCUGAAAGCUUUGGAGGGAUUUAUUGCCGUGGUGACACAGGAUGGAGACAUGAUCUUUUUGUCAGAGAAUGUCAACAAAUACAUGGGUCUUACACAGGUGGAAUUAACUGGGCACAGCAUUUUUGACUUCACUCAUCCAUGUGACCAUGAAGAAAUUCGAGAGAAUCUCAGCCUGAAAAAUGGCUUUGGAAAGAAAAGCAAAGACAUGUCUACUGAGCGUGACUUUUUCAUGAGGAUGAAAUGCACUGUUACCAACAGAGGCAGAACCGUUAACCUCAAGUCUGCAACAUGGAAGGUUUUGCACUGCACUGGACAAGUUAAAGUGUACAACACUUGCCCUCCUCACACUCUGUGUGGGUAUAAAGAGCCUCUUCUCACCUGCCUUAUAAUAAUGUGUGAGCCUAUUCAGCAUCCUUCAAACAUUGAUAUCCCCCUGGACAGCAAGACCUUCCUGAGUCGCCAUAGCAUGGACAUGAAGUUUACCUACUGUGAUGACAGAAUAACAGAGUUGAUUGGAUACCAUCCAGAGGAGCUGCUGGGCCGUUCAGCGUAUGAGUUCUACCAUGCCUUGGACUCGGAGAGUAUGACCAAGAGUCACCAGAACU